GCGUGCCACGUCUGAGCUGAAAAAAGAACUAAAUCCCUUGGGCCAAAUUCAUUCCAGGAGUUGCUUGAUUGAACACAGUGCAUUUACACUGAGCACAGUUUUGGCUCAUACCUGACUUUGUCAGCAUUCACUGUGCUGUAACCAAGUAACAAGAACACUGUCAUUAGGGGACAGAUGAAUAGCUUUCUCUAAGGUUAUUAGAGCACUGAGCACCUUUAAGGAGUGCAGAAAUCUGUGAAAGGAGGAGUUGUGGAAAAGGACACCGCUCCUUUUAGAGUCUGUGUAACAGAACUGAUAAGCUAUUCCUGUGAUGUGAUCAAAUGUGACUGAAUACUGCAGGCUCGUGGACUCUUAUUCUAUAAAAUCCACAUCAGAGCAGCACAGGAAAAGAUCGGAGGGAACAGCUUCUGCUGUACUGAGAAAGAUGCUGGAGAGCUCUUCAGUCCUUUUGUUCAUUAUCCUCGCCCUGCUUUUCAUUUUGCUGCUCUUUGUGGGGCUCAUCAGGAAAAACGGCACUGCUGCCCUUAUCUGGAAUGAAAUAAUCCGGGAGAAAAUAACCAAUUUCAUCAUGAAUCAGAGCAAAGAACAGAGGAUUUUAAAUUUUGUGCUGCAGAAUGCAGUCCGAGGAGACCCCUGUAGUGUGGUGGACACUAUAGAUAAAUACUGCUCCCAGAAAGAGUGGGCCAUGAAUGUGGGCGAUGAGAAAGGUUUAAUUCUAGACAAGACAGUGGAAGAAGUCAAUCCAUCAGUUGCACUGGAGCUGGGAACGUAUUGUGGCUACUCAGCAGUUAGGAUUGCUCGGCUACUGAAGGCCGGAGCUCGUCUUCUCACUGUGGAGUUCAACCCAGAAUUUGCUGCUAUAGCUAAGCAGAUGAUUGAGUUUGCUGGAGUACAAGAUAAGGUAAAACUCCUAGAAGGCCCUUCAGAGGAAAUUAUCCCCCAGCUGAAGAAAAAAUAUGAAGUGGAUACUCUGGAUUUUGUCUUCCUGGACCACUGGAAAGACAGAUACACACCAGACACCAUCCUGCUUCAGGAAUGCAACUUGCUGAGGAAGGGUUCAGUUCUUCUGGCUGACAAUAUCAUCGUCCCAGGAGCUCCAGAAUUCCUUAAAUAUAUCCGCAACAACCCCCGUUUCCAAUGCACUAACUACCCAUCUCAUCUGGAAUAUAUGAAAGUGGAGGAUGCUAUGGAAAAGGCUGUGUUUUUGGGAUAAAGAGAGCCAUUAAUACUCAACAUUUGUUUCAAAUGAUAUAAAUGCAACUGCACAGGUUAA